UGGGAUCUUCCUGGGACCAGGGCUUGAACCCGUGCCCCCUGCAUUGGCAGGCGGAUUCUUAACCACUGUGCCACCAGGGAAGUCCGGAGCUGGAGCUUUUGCCACAACCAUGAAACCUCCCGCCAGGUCAGCAAGCUGCCAGCUCUGAAUCACACCAACUCUGCUAGAGCCUUAACCAGCAAAGUCACUGCCUCAUACUCUGCCUCCCUUCAUAUUUAAGUCACACUAGUAAGUACAUCUGAUUGGCAGAACUUAAAUUACACCCAGAACCCUAGCUUCAAGGAAGUCUAGGAAAUAGAGCUUUUAGUACUUGUGGCACAGGAAGUACAGGGAGGUUCACUAAAAGGAAGUUGGAAUCAGUUUUGCGUGAGCAAAUCUGCAGGAUCUGUUACAGAACGCCCCUUUGGCUACUUAAUAUCCAUACCUUCCCUUCUUUCCAUACCUAAACCUCCAGCAAGAAAUGUGCUCUCUUACAAUAUAACGCAGCCAUCCCUGAUUUUUAAAAAAGCCAAGUGCACUCACCUUCUCCCAAGAAGCUAAAACCCAAGGUUCUGUAGGUCAGCACGUCAUCUGCAGUAUUCAUCACAGACAUUACCCCGGGGCCUAGCACCCUCAGGGGUUAGGUGGCCUCUCUCCUCUCCCAGGGAAAGGGGGAGUAGGAGAGAGAGCUGCCCAGUGACCAAGAGGAGAACAGCUCAGCUCUAAGAAGCUCCCAUCCAUACUUUUCAUCCUUCCUCUCUACUAGCCAGUACCCUCUGUUUCCAAGCAUUCUGAGUUUCUCCUCUCUUCAUGGAAUCCUCUCCCCACCCUAUGUUCGUUUGUAGCUGUUGGCUUCUUUCCUUCUUAGCUAAGCUUUCCCCUCCCCCGCCCCCUCAUCCUCUAGACUCUGGAGCAUACUGGUGACUCCCACCAUCCCCUGUAACUGCUCCGGUGAACCUCAAGGGGCUCAAUGCCUUGGACGCCGACCACUGCUCGAGGUACUCUCCUGCCUUGGCUUCCGGAUUCUGUGCCUGAUUUUCCUGCUGCUCGGGUGCCACUCCUCCCUCUCCUUUAUGGGUCCCCCUCCUCCAGGUGCCCCUCAGGCAUUGAUUCUGUCUUCAGCUCUCUUCCUUCUCUUUUCUUUCUACUUGUUUUCAGUUACUCACAGAUUUGAGCUAGUGUCAAGGUUUUCUCUCCCAUCAAGAUGCUCUCCUCAGCCUCGGACCUACAUGUGUAAGUACCUAUUGGACAGCUCCUCUUCCAGGUCACAGGCACCCUAAGCUCCCUGUGUCCCAAACUGGAUUAACUGGUCAGCUACAUCCAACCCCCACACCCUGCUUGUCUCAGCAAACGACUCAGCGAAUGUAACAAGGCAUAGACUUGGGAAGCGUACUUGAUCCUUCUUUCUCUGUCACCCUCCCAACCCCUGGCACCUCCUACAUAUCUUCAUCUCCACCAUAACUUCCUUAGUUCAGGGCUCUGCUUUCUCAUCUAGGUUACUGUGGCAGCCUCUCAACUGAUUGUUCUCCCAUCCAGGGCCUUACAGUCCUUAAGCCUAGUCUCCUUACUCUUGUCUAAAACAAGUCAGAUCGUGUCGCUCCCCUGCUUAAUACCCACCAGGGACUCUCUGUCUGCCAACACGAUCAGGUUCAAAGUCCUGAACCAAGUAAACCAGGUUCCUUACUCACUCUAAUCCUUUUUAUCUCUCCAUCCUUAUCUCUCACCACUAUCCUCUCCCCUCACACCCCUGCAUAUUUGGACUUGAGCCAUCUAAACACCUGGUGCAAAAUGAUCCUAAUACACUGUGCCCUCUGGUGCUUCAGUGGUUUUUUUUUUUUUGCAAGUGCCGCUCCCACUGCCUGGAAACCGUCCGCCUCUCGGCCUUACUGAUGCAGUGCUCCCCACUGCAUGUCCACCCUGAGUGCUCUGGUAGCACCCGUUAUUUGAAUGAAGCAGCAGUGCAACGAGUCCUAAUCGUCUGCUUAUCCUGGGUCCACAUCCCUAAAGCCCAGCAGGUCUUGGUGCAGAGCGCUCAUCUGCAGCAACUGGUGAUUGAGAUAAUGAAGUUCAGUUGGUUUAACCAACCUGUCUCAACGAAUAAGUGAAGAUCAUUUCAAUUGAUGCUUUAAUAGAUUUCUCUGGAUAGUUUUUUUUUUUUUUUAAUUCAGGGGAACCUUCUUUCGCAAUUCUGCAUGGUAAAACUUUUUUCAUGAUACAAUAAAAAAAGUCAGCAGUUAAUCCUAACCAGUGAAGAGAGUCUGAGUUCAUUUAGGUUUAUUAAUUGGGAUAUCAAUGGCAUUGGAGGGUUGUCAUGCCUUAGACUACCACUUGGUGGCGGGCGCAGUAUACUGUGGAUCAGAACCUGAAGUACAGACAAAAUAAAUGACAGGCAAUAGCCAGCAGUUCCCUCACUAUUCAGAGGCAGUAGCAAACCCUUUCACUCCGUAUAUACAUUAGAAAACAAUUCUGUGUUUUUCCUUGUUUUUUCUUCCCAUAACAGUUUUUCACCAUUUUUGCUGAAUGGUUUCUUCUAAACCUGAAAUAUUUUGGUAUAUGUAGCUAUGUUACUUAGGUCAUAAUGAAUAAAAUUCUGAUUUCUUCUUGAGCUCUGGUCUUUGCCAAUGAACAAUAAAUAAAAAUGCUUUAGAAUAUAGCCUAUGGGCCCAUGGUUUGAAAACAUGGAAUUUAUAAUUAUUCUAAAUUUUCUGUCUUUUGAUAAAAAAGAACCCCCCUUGAAACUGCCUGUUUGGGGGUUAUAUUAACAACGCUGCCGACAUUAUCUGAAGAUUUAUUUCAAUUAGAUUUACAUGGAGUACCUUUCUUUCACAGCUGAUCUAAUUCUUACACUCUGAAUUUAGGAUCUUUAAAAUAAAAGAACAAGUAUAGACUACAAUGAUUAUCUGUUAAUUUCACUGGUGAAAAUCACAAGGCUUUGUUUCCAUAUUUCACUUCCAAACCAAGAUGUUAAUUUCUCCCUAGGUGAAUAAAUGUUUUCUUAAGUAUUCCCAAGAUUAGCUGGAAAAUAUAUUCCUUACUUUUCACAAUCAUUAUAGUUUCUGCACCAGCCCCACUACAACAUGGCCUGAUCCUAGACAGACAACAAAGCUCUGAACCCAUGAAUUCUGGGCAACAAGUCAUUUGACAUUUCAGAUCUUCUCUUUGUUCUGAGUCAGUAGAGCUGCCUGCUAGCCACCUUUAGGAUAUUUGUAUUCUGUUUUGUAUUUGUGUUUGAUACAAAAACAAAUUUUGUGUUUAAUGUUGGAAUAUUUGGUUUCUUUAGGUUUUUCCUGUUUCUAGCUUACACAGUAAUUUGGUUAUGGAGAAGUUGGAUUUAAACUCCAUAUGGGUAGAGUUGAUAUGGUACCUUUUCUCUAAAAUACCAAAGUAAUUUAUUUUAAUUUGGAAGUUUAUAGUGUGGUUAUAAUACGAUUUAAAAUUUCCAAAUGUCUCCUGUUAUAUUAAACUGGACCCUCUGUUUAACUUACCCUUGACUACCUGUGGUAGCCCUUGUGAAGCUCAAAAAAGACUAGUGAUUUCAUUUCCCAAUGAUCUGUUUGGCAAUUCUUUCUUAGAGAACUUUAUAUUAUAAUCUUUUUGAGGUUUUCGGGGUGAAUGAAAUUUUCCAUUUUUAAUGUUUUGAUUAAGUUUACGGUAUUCUUCUGCUUUGUUAUUUCUCCUUCUAGAAUGAAAUGAAAUGCUGAGAAAUAAAGCUUUCCUAUUCUGAUUUGGAUCUUUAUAAUGGGUAUCGGAAAGUCUAAAACGGAUCCCUGCCCUCUUUCUCUCUCUUGGGGUAAAAGCCACAGUGUGGAUACGAGUCAAAGACAGCACAAGUCAGAUUCCAAGAAAUCUGAAGAAAUGUCCCUGAGUGACGCUGCUGCUCAUAGCAAUACAGCAGAGAUGCCAACAGGGGAGCAGGAGGGAGCCAAGGGAGUGGAGGAGAUGCCAGAAGAGGAAGCAGAAGAAGAGGUGUUCCUCAAAUUUGUGAUACUGCAUGCUGAAGAAGACACAGACGAAGCCCUCCGAGUCCAGAAUCUGCUGGAAAAUGACUUCGGCAUCAAACCUGGAAUAAUCUUUGCUGAGAUGCCAGGUGGCAGGCAGCAUUUACAGAAUUUGGAUGAUGCUGUCAAUGGGUCUGCCUGGACGAUCUUAUUAUUGACCAAAAACUUUUUAAGAGAUACCUGGUGUAAGUUCCAGUUCUAUACGUCCCUCAUGAACUCUGUUAACAGGCAGCACAAGUACAACUCCGUCAUCCCCAUGCGGCCUCUGAACAACCCCCUGCCCCGAGAAAGGACUCCCUUUGCUCUGCGAACCAUCAACGCCCUGGAGGAAGAAAGUCGUGGCUUUCCUACACAAGUGGAAAGGAUUUUUAAGGAUUCUGUAUAUAGGAUACAGCAGGCUAUAUGGAAAGAGACCAGAAAUACGGUACAAAGGCAAUUUAUUGCUUGAGACGGAACACACAACACACAGCAGGCUCUUGUUUUGUAAAACAAAUGAUUUAUCUCCACUUGAGAAAGCAAAUUUCUAGGAAGAGUUUAGAUGAAAGAGAACCUUACUCUUACAGAAACUUAUGGAGCCCAAGAAAGAUAAAUUUCUGCAGGACAGUCUAUAGAAUUGUGGUACUUUUCAAUGUUUCCAUAAACUUGAAAUUGUCAGAGUUUCAACUGUUUCCAAAAAAAAAAAAAAAAAGAACUCAGUUUUCCUAGUUCAUGAUUACAACAAAGGAUAUUUUAAAUUCAUAUUCCUCGUAUUGAACUUGAUCAAAACCUUAUAUGAUAGACAUUUAAAAAAUACAAUAACACUGAUUUUGUUCUCAAAGGAACCGCAGAAAAAAAUGGCCUCGAGAGAUCCGAGCGCCCUCACUUUCGAGGCACCUCUCAUGAAUGUUGCAAUAAAGUGUUCCCGGUGUUGUCACCCAGAAAUAGGGAUAGCCAGACUAGAACAUUUAGAAUGUUGAGUGCUGAUAAAUAUGAAACCCAAAAUAGAUGUGAGAAUGGUAGGGCUCUUUAAAAGAAUCCAAUCAGGGGCUGCCCUGGUGGCGCAGUGGUUGAGAGUCCGCCUGCCAGUGCAGGGGAUGCAGGUUCGUGCCCUGGUCCGGGAGGAUCCCACCUGCCGUGGAGCUGCUGGGCCCGUGAGCCAUGGCCGCUGAGCCUGCGCAUCCGGAGCCUGUGCUCCGCAAUGUGAGAGGCCACAACAGUGAGAGGCCCGCGUACGGGGGGGGGGGGAAGAAUCCAAUCAAAUGUGUUUCCGUUCUGUUUGAAUUUGCAUAUUUGGAGGCAGUUCCCACCAUUUGAUGGUAUUGUGGUCAGGGACUUCGUGCCUGGUGUUGACAUGACCCCUGGAGCUGGAAGCUCUCCAUUGUUGGUCAUUGUGUGUGACCAGGAGCUUCUGAAAGGUGUAUGUAUCCUUGGCCAGAUGUUCUCCUUUAAAAUCAAUAACCUCUCCUAUGGCAGCUGUUAAAAAUUCCUCUCUCACACAAUGCCCCAUCAAGGAAAUAUUUCUCAGCUAGGUGAUCACAGAGCCUGACUCUGUGUGUGUGUGUGUGUGUGUGUGUGUGUGUGUUGUAGAUCACUUUCAGACUUGGGAUAGAAGUGGGCGAUGCGUUUUCUGGCGUCCUCUUCUAGUGCCCCACACUCAUAGCAAACCAGAGGCCCCAAGAGGACCGGGUCCUGUCUUUCACAGCCCUUCUGCCCCAGCUGAGAUUGAGGGAGAACCACCAGGUACAGACCAGGGACAAGGCGGAGUGUGAAUCAGGUCAUGUUGUAAUGAGAAAAGCACCAGAUGGGAAUCAGGAGACCUGGUUGUUCUAGUCCAGUCUCUUUCACUGAGGAUGAAUGGGACCGCCGGCAAGCUAUUUACCCUGCUUUAUCUGUGAAAAGAAAGGAUUGGAUUGAUGAAUCUCUAAAGGCCUUUGUCCUCUCCCAGAAUGUGAAUAACUAGGAACCAGAAAAGGGAACAAGCAAAAAAAAGGUAGAAUUUUAUAACGUGAUUUUAUAAUAGUUGCAGGAGGCUUCAUAUAUAUGCUCACGAUGAAAGGAUAUUGUAUAUGUUUACAGUGUAAUUGAUUUCUAAUGCUUCCCAUUACAUUUUUAUAGUCACAGAAAAAUAUUACAAUACGUGCUUACUCAGAUUUUUUUUUUUUUUUU